AUGAGCGAUCAACUCCCUAAGGAUUCCAAUGGACCUUCAAAACCUAUCGAUAUCGUCGUCGUCAUCGACUCGACUGGAUCCAUGGAUCAUUAUCUCAUGGCACUCGUACGGAUAAUCCCCCAGCUCCAAGCCAUUCGCGGCCUCACCUCUCGCAUCCGACGCAUCGGGCGCUCCGUGAUUGACCCUGUCCCUGUCAACGACGAGGCGGCGCGGUUGAUGGAGCCGCUGUUGACGAUUGACGACGUCGUAGAGUGGAGUGGCUGGGAUGAGCCACCUGAUAUGAAUAAAGCUGGAGAUGUAGGUCGUGGGAGGAUCUUGGGCGAGUGGGUUAAGGGACUCGUUGCGGAAGGUGGAGGGGAUUAUCCAGAGGCGGCAAAGACGGCACUCCGCAAGUUACUCGACAUUCUUGGUGAUUCCAGAUCAAAGGAAGAGACAAAGGGGGACGUAGAGGAGGAUACGCUCGUACUCUGGUUUACCGAUUCGCCACCCCAUCAUCGUUCGCAGCGAGGGUUCAAUCGCCUCCUCGAGAUUGCUGCGCAUCACCCUCCCAACGACGAUACGCUACCAAAAUUAAUCUAA